ACAAAGUCACCAUGGCCCGUACCAAACAAACUGCGCGCAAGUCGACUGGCGGCAAGGCCCCUCGUAAGCAAUUGGCCACCAAGGCUGCCCGCAAGUCGGCCCCGGCCACUGGUGGUGUGAAGAAGCCCCAUCGAUACCGCCCUGGUACGGUUGCACUUCGUGAAAUCCGUCGCUACCAAAAGUCGACCGAGCUGUUGAUCCGCAAGCUCCCUUUCCAACGCUUGGUCCGUGAAAUUGCCCAAGAUUUCAAGACCGACUUGCGCUUCCAAGGCUCGGCCGUCUUGGCCUUGCAGGAAGCCGCUGAAGCGUACCUUGUCGGUUUGUUCGAAGACACCAACUUGUGCGCCAUCCACGCCAAGCGUGUCACGAUCAUGCCCAAGGACAUCCAAUUGGCUCGUCGCAUCCGUGGCGAACGCUCUUAAUUAUUUCUUGCCAUUGCAAGAACUGCCUCUGGUGUUUUUCAACACCACCCGAUCCUCUAGAAAUGCGUCGUUCCCUCCGUCCACUGUACCUCGCAUUUCGAAUCCACCAACCAUGACAACUGUGUCCAUGCAUAAUGCAGACAUCGAGUCUCCUUGCGCGAACCCUCGGGCAUGCUUAAAUCAUCAUCAACUGUACUAUCUGCCAAUCA